AUGGUGACUGGAACAUCCUCAGCAGUGACAGAAAACACAUCUACAACAACCAGUUCUUAUACUACAGAGACAUCAAGCGAGACAUCUACGCUUUCCACUCUCUUGACAACGCCCACAGGUGCGAGCUCCACACCAUCAAGGGAAGCUACAACACCUACUCCCAAAAUGACAACCGAGGUUAACUCUGCUACAACACUGGGAGAAACUUCCACAGCAUCCGAGGGUAGCACUGAGUCAAGCCACUCGGAAACAACAUUUCAUGUAACAAACACAGAAUCUACUGUUUCUCAGCAAUCAUCCACCACAGCAUCAGGCUCUGAGAGUACCACUGAAGCCACGACCUCUCCACUUUCAAGUACACCCAGUCAACCAGGCACCUCCCAGUCUACGUUCACCAACCAAGGCCAAAGUACCACACAAGGCUCAACAGAGAGAUCGUCACCACAGACAGCUUCUACUCCCACAGAGGAAACGUCAUCCACAGUCAGUCCUGGCCCUUACCAAGCAUCUAUGUCCACUACGAUGGAAGCCACCUCAACCUUGUCCACUCCGGAAUCUACAAAAGAAACGUCGAGCACAGAAACAAGUCAAACCUCGACUGUUUCCACUCAAUCGGCCUCCACGGAAUCUGCUUCCGUUGCCACUGCAUCUUUAACUUCCUCUGAGGAGCCAACGACUCAAGAAACGACAAUGACUGGGAUGUCUUCAGUAUCUACUGUUUCAACGACUGAGGAAAGCUUGACAUCGGAAAUGGUGACUGGAACAUCCUCAGCAGUGACAGAAAACACAUCUACAACAACCAGUUCUUAUACUACAGAGACAUCAAGCGAGACAUCUACGCUUUCCACUCUCUUGACAACGCCCACAGGUGCGAGCUCCACACCAUCAAGGGAAGCUACAACACCUACUCCCAAAAUGACAACCGAGGUUAACUCUGCUACAACACUGGGAGAAACUUCCACAGCAUCCGAGGGUAGCACUGAGUCAAGCCACUCGGAAACAACAUUACAUGUCACAAACACAGAAUCUACUCUUUCUCAGCAAUCAUCCACCACAGCAUCAGGCUCUGAGAGUACCACUGAAGCCACGACCUCUCCACUUUCAAGUACACCCAGUCAAGCAGGCACCUCCCAGUCUACGUUCACCAGCCAAGGCCAAAGUACCACACAAGGCUCAACAGAGGGAUCGUCAACACAGACAGCUUCUACUCCCACAGAGGAAACGUCAUCCACAGUCAGUCCUGGCCCUUACCAAGCAUCUAUGUCGACUACGAUGGAAGCCACCUCAACCUUGUCCACUCCGGAAUCUACAAAAGAAACGUCGAGCACAGAAACAAGUCAAACCUCGACUGUUUCCACUCAAUCGGCCUCCACGGAAUCUGCUUUCGUUGCCACUGCAUCUUUAACUUCCUCUGAGGAGCCAACGACUCAAGAAACGACAAUGACUGGGAUGUCUUCAGUAUCUACUGUUUCAACGACUGAGGAAAGCUUGACAUCGGAAAUGGUGACUGGAACAUCCUCAGCAGUGACAGAAAACACAUCUACAACAACCAGUUCUUAUACUACAGAGACAUCAAGCGAGACAUCUACGCUUUCCACUCUCUUGACAACGCCCACAGGUGCGAGCUCCACACCAUCAAGGGAAGCUACAACACCUACUCCCAAAAUGACAACCGAGGUUAACUCUGCUACAACACUGGGAGAAACUUCCACAGCAUCCGAGGGUAGCACUGAGUCAAGCCACUCGGAAACAACAUUUCAUGUAACAAACACAGAAUCUACUCUUUCUCAGCAAUCAUCCACCACAGCAUCAGGCUCUGAGAGUACAACUGAAGCCACGACCUCUCCACUUUCAAGUACACCCAGUCAAGCAGGCACCUCCCAGUCCAUGUUCACCAACCAAGGCCAAAGUACCACACAAGGCUCAACAGAGGGAUCGUCAACACAGACAGCUUCUACUCCCACGGAGGAAACGUCAUCCACAGUCAGUCCUGGCCCUUACCAAGCAUCUAUGUCCACUACGAUGGAAGCCACCUCAACCUUGUCCACUCCGGAAUCUACAAAAGAAACGUCGAGCACAGAAACAAGUCAAACCUCGACUGUUUCCACUCAAUCGGCCUCCACGGAAUCUGUUUCCGUUGCCACUGCAUCUUUAACUUCCUCUGAGGAGCCAACGACUCAAGAAACGACAAUGACUGGGAUGUCUUCAGUAUCUACUGUUUCAACGACUGAGGAAAGCUUGACAUCGGAAAUGGUGACUGGAACAUCCUCAGCAGUGACAGAAAACACAUCUACAACAACCAGUUCUUAUACUACAGAGACAUCAAGCGAGACAUCUACGCUUUCCACUCUCUUGACAACGCCCACAGGUGCGAGCUCCACACCAUCAAGGGAAGCUACAACACCUACUCCCAAAAUGACAACCGAGGUUAACUCUGCUACAACACUGGGAGAAACUUCCACAGCAUCCGAGGGUAGCACUGAGUCAAGCCACUCGGAAACAACAUUACAUGUCACAAACACAGAAUCUACUCUUUCUCAGCAAUCAUCCACCACAGCAUCAGGCUCUGAGAGUACCACUGAAGCCACGACCUCUCCACUUUCAAGUACACCCAGUCAAGCAGGCACCUCCCAGUCUACGUUCACCAGCCAAGGCCAAAGUACCACACAAGGCUCAACAGAGGGAUCGUCACCACAGACAGCUUCUACUCCCACAGAGGAAACGUCAUCCACAAAACGUCGAGCACAGAAACAAGUCAAACCUCGACUGUUUCCACUCAAUCGGCCUCCACGGAAUCUGCUUUCCGUUGCCACUGCAUCUUUAACUUCCUCUGAGGAGCCAACGACUCAAGAAACGACAAUGACUGGGAUGUCUUCAGUAUCUACUGUUUCAACGACUGAGGAAAGCUUGACAUCGGAAAUGGUGACUGGAACAUCCUCAGCAGUGACAGAAAACACAUCUACAACAACCAGUUCUUAUACUACAGAGACAUCAAGCGAGACAUCUACGCUUUCCACUCUCUUGACAACGCCCACAGGUGCGAGCUCCACACCAUCAAGGGAAGCUACAACACCUACUCCCACAAUGACAACCGAGGUUUACUCUGCUACAACACUGGGAGAAACUUCCACAGCAUCCGAGGGUAGCACUGAGUCAAGCCACUCGGAAACAACAUUACAUGUCACAAACACAGAAUCUACUCUUUCUCAGCAAUCAUCCACCACAGCAUCAGGCUCUGAGAGUACCACUGAAGCCACGACCUCUCCACUUUCAAGUACACCCAGUCAAGCAGGCACCUCCCAGUCCACGUUCACCAACCAAGGCCAAAAUACCACACAAGGCUCAACAGAGGGAUCGUCAACACAGACAGCUUCUACUCCCACAGAGGAAACGUCAUCCAUAGUCAGUCCUGGCCCUUACCAAGCAUCUAUGUCCACUACGAUGGAAGCCACCUCAACCUUGUCCACUCCGGAAUCUACAAAAGAAACGUCGAGCACAGAAACAAGUCAAACCUCGACUGUUUCCACUCAAUCGGCCUCCACGGAAUCUGCUUCCGUUGCCACUGCAUCUUUAACUUCCUCUGAGGAGCCAACGACUCAAGAAACGACAAUGACUGGGAUGUCUUCAGUAUCUACUGUUUCAACGACUGAGGAAAGCUUGACAUCGGAAAUGGUGACUGGAACAUCCUCAGCAGUGACAGAAAACACAUCUACAACAACCAGUUCUUAUACUACAGAGACAUCAAGCGAGACAUCUACGCUUUCCACUCUCUUGACAACGCCCACAGGUGCGAGCUCCACACCAUCAAGGGAAGCUACAACACCUACUCCCAAAAUGACAACCGAGGUUUACUCUGCUACAACACUGGGAGAAACUUCCACAGCAUCCGAGGGUAGCACUGAGUCAAGCCACUCGGAAACAACAUUACAUGUCACAAACACAGAAUCUACUCUUUCUCAGCAAUCAUCCACCACAGCAUCAGGCUCUGAGAGUACCACUGAAGCCACGACCUCUCCACUUUCAAGUACACCCAGUCAAGCAGGCACCUCCCAGUCCACGUUCACCAACCAAGGCCAAAAUACCACACAAGGCUCAACAGAGGGAUCGUCACCACAGACAGCUUCUACUCCCACAGAGGAAACGUCAUCCACAGUCAGUCCUGGCCCUUACCAAGCAUCUAUGUCCACUACGAUGGAAGCCACCUCAACCUUGUCCACUCCGGAAUCUACAAAAGAAACGUCGAGCACAGAAACAAGUCAAACCUCGACUGUUUCCACUCAAUCGGCCUCCACGGAAUCUGCUUCCGUUGCCACUGCAUCUUUAACUUCCUCUGAGGAGCCAACGACUCAAGAAACGACAAUGACUGGGAUGUCUUCAGUAUCUACUGUUUCAACGACUGAGGAAAGCUUGACAUCGGAAAUGGUGACUGGAACAUCCUCAGCAGUGACAGAAAACACAUCUACAACAACCAGUUCUUAUACUACAGAGACAUCAAGCGAGACAUCUACGCUUUCCACUCUCUUGACAACGCCCACAGGUGCGAGCUCCACACCAUCAAGGGAAGCUACAACACCUACUCCCAAAAUGACAACCGAGGUUUACUCUGCUACAACACUGGGAGAAACUUCCACAGCAUCCGAGGGUAGCACUGAGUCAAGCCACUCGGAAACAACAUUACAUGUCACAAACACAGAAUCUACUCUUUCUCAGCAAUCAUCCACCACAGCAUCAGGCUCUGAGAGUACCACUGAAGCCACGACCUCUCCACUUUCAAGUACACCCAGUCAAGCAGGCACCUCCCAGUCCACGUUCACCAACCAAGGCCAAAGUACCACACAAGGCUCAACAGAGGGAUCGUCACCACAGACAGCUUCUACUCCCACAGAGGAAACGUCAUCCACAGUCAGUCCUGGCCCUUACCAAGCAUCUAUGUCCACUACGAUGGAAGCCACCUCAACCUUGUCCACUCCGGAAUCUACAAAAGAAACGUCGAGCACAGAAACAAGUCAAACCUCGACUGUUUCCACUCAAUCGGCCUCCACGGAAUCUGCUUCCGUUGCCACUGCAUCUUUAACUUCCUCUGAGGAGCCAACGACUCAAGAAACGACAAUGACUGGGAUGUCUUCAGUAUCUACUGUUUCAACGACUGAGGAAAGCUUGACAUCGGAAAUGGUGACUGGAACAUCCUCAGCAGUGACAGAAAACACAUCUACAACAACCAGUUCUUAUACUACAGAGACAUCAAGCGAGACAUCUACGCUUUCCACUCUCUUGACAACGCCCACAGGUGCGAGCUCCACACCAUCAAGGGAAGCUACAACACCUACUCCCAAAAUGACAACCGAGGUUUACUCUGCUACAACACUGGGAGAAACUUCCACAGCAUCCGAGGGUAGCACUGAGUCAAGCAACUCGGAAACAACAUUACAUGUCACAAACACAGAAUCUACUCUUUCUCAGCAAUCAUCCACCACAGCAUCAGGCUCUGAGAGUACCACUGAAGCCACGACCUCUCCACUUUCAAGUACACCCAGUCAAGCAGGCACCUCCCAGUCCACGUUCACCAACCAAGGCCAAAAUACCACACAAGGCUCAACAGAGGGAUCGUCACCACAGACAGCUUCUACUCCCACAGAGGAAACGUCAUCCACAGUCAGUCCUGGCCCUUACCAAGCAUCUAUGUCCACUACGAUGGAAGCCACCUCAACCUUGUCCACUCCGGAAUCUACAAAAGAAACGUCGAGCACAGAAACAAGUCAAACCUCGACUGUUUCCACUCAAUCGGCCUCCACGGAAUCUGCUUCCGUUGCCACUGCAUCUUUAACUUCCUCUGAGGAGCCAACGACUCAAGAAACGACAAUGACUGGGAUGUCUUCAGUAUCUACUGUUUCAACGACUGAGGAAAGCUUGACAUCGGAAAUGGUGACUGGAACAUCCUCAGCAGUGACAGAAAACACAUCUACAACAACCAGUUCUUAUACUACAGAGACAUCAAGCGAGACAUCUACGCUUUCCACUCUCUUGACAACGCCCACAGGUGCGAGCUCCACACCAUCAAGGGAAGCUACAACACCUACUCCCAAAAUGACAACCGAGGUUUACUCUGCUACAACACUGGGAGAAACUUCCACAGCAUCCGAGGGUAGCACUGAGUCAAGCCACUCGGAAACAACAUUACAUGUCACAAACACAGAAUCUACUCUUUCUCAGCAAUCAUCCACCACAGCAUCAGGCUCUGAGAGUACCACUGAAGCCACGACCUCUCCACUUUCAAGUACACCCAGUCAAGCAGGCACCUCCCAGUCCACGUUCACCAACCAAGGCCAAAAUACCACACAAGGCUCAACAGAGGGAUCGUCACCACAGACAGCUUCUACUCCCACAGAGGAAACGUCAUCCACAGUCAGUCCUGGCCCUUACCAAGCAUCUAUGUCCACUACGAUGGAAGCCACCUCAACCUUGUCCACUCCGGAAUCUACAAAAGAAACGUCGAGCACAGAAACAAGUCAAACCUCGACUGUUUCCACUCAAUCGGCCUCCACGGAAUCUGCUUCCGUUGCCACUGCAUCUUUAACUUCCUCUGAGGAGCCAACGACUCAAGAAACGACAAUGACUGGGAUGUCUUCAGUAUCUACUGUUUCAACGACUGAGGAAAGCUUGACAUCGGAAAUGGUGACUGGAACAUCCUCAGCAGUGACAGAAAACACAUCUACAACAACCAGUUCUUAUACUACAGAGACAUCAAGCGAGACAUCUACGCUUUCCACUCUCUUGACAACGCCCACAGGUGCGAGCUCCACACCAUCAAGGGAAGCUACAACACCUACUCCCAAAAUGACAACAGAGGUUUACUCUGCUACAACACUGGGAGAAACUUCCACAGCAUCCGAGGGUAGCACUGAGUCAAGCCACUCGGAAACAACAUUACAUGUCACAAACACAGAAUCUACUCUUUCUCAGCAAUCAUCCACCACAGCAUCAGGCUCUGAGAGUACCACUGAAGCCACGACCUCUCCACUUUCAAGUACACCCAGUCAAGCAGGCACCUCCCAGUCUACGUUCACCAGCCAAGGCCAAAAAACGUCGAGCACAGAAACAAGUCAAACCUCGACUGUUUCCACUCAAUCGGCCUCCACGGAAUCUGCUUCCGUUGCCACUGCAUCUUCAACUUCCUCUGAGGAGCCAACGACUCAAGAAACGACAAUGACUGGGAUGUCUUCAGUAUCUACUGUUUCAACGACUGAGGAAAGCUUGACAUCGGAAAUGGUGACUGGAACAUCCUCAGCAGUGACAGAAAACACAUCUACAACAACCAGUUCUUAUACUACAGAGACAUCAAGCGAGACAUCUACGCUUUCCACUCUCUUGACAACGCCCACAGGUGCGAGCUCCACACCAUCAAGGGAAGCUACAACACCUACUCCCAAAAUGACAACAGAGGUUUACUCUGCUACAACACUGGGAGAAACUUCCACAGCAUCCGAGGGUAGCACUGAGUCAAGCCACUCGGAAACAACAUUACAUGUCACAAACACAGAAUCUACUCUUUCUCAGCAAUCAUCCACCACAGCAUCAGGCUCUGAGAGUACCACUGAAGCCACGACCUCUCCACUUUCAAGUACACCCAGUCAAGCAGGCACCUCCCAGUCCACGUUCACCAACCAAGGCCAAAAUACCACACAAGGCUCAACAGAGGGAUCGUCACCACAGACAGCUUCUACUCCCACAGAGGAAACGUCAUCCACAGUCAGUCCUGGCCCUUACCAAGCAUCUAUGUCCACUACGAUGGAAGCCACCUCAACCUUGUCCACUCCGGAAUCUACAAAAGAAACGUCGAGCACAGAAACAAGUCAAACCUCGACUGUUUCCACUCAAUCGGCCUCCACGGAAUCUGCUUCCGUUGCCACUGCAUCUUCAACUUCCUCUGAGGAGCCAACGACUCAAGAAACGACAAUGACUGGGAUGUCUUCAGUAUCUACUGUUUCAACGACUGAGGAAAGCUUGACAUCGGAAAUGGUGACUGGAACAUCCUCAGCAGUGACAGAAAACACAUCUACAACAACCAGUUCUUAUACUACAGAGACAUCAAGCGAGACAUCUACGCUUUCCACUCUCUUGACAACGCCCACAGGUGCGAGCUCCACACCAUCAAGGGAAGCUACAACACCUACUCCCAAAAUGACAACCGAGGUUUACUCUGCUACAACACUGGGAGAAACUUCCACAGCAUCCGAGGGUAGCACUGAGUCAAGCCACUCGGAAACAACAUUACAUGUCACAAACACAGAAUCUACUCUUUCUCAGCAAUCAUCCACCACAGCAUCAGGCUCUGAGAGUACCACUGAAGCCACGACCUCUCCACUUUCAAGUACACCCAGUCAAGCAGGCACCUCCCAGUCCACGUUCACCAACCAAGGCCAAAAUACCACACAAGGCUCAACAGAGGGAUCGUCACCACAGACAGCUUCUACUCCCACAGAGGAAACGUCAUCCACAGUCAGUCCUGGCCCUUACCAAGCAUCUAUGUCCACUACGAUGGAAGCCACCUCAACCUUGUCCACUCCGGAAUCUACAAAAGAAACGUCGAGCACAGAAACAAGUCAAACCUCGACUGUUUCCACUCAAUCGGCCUCCACGGAAUCUGCUUCCGUUGCCACUGCAUCUUCAACUUCCUCUGAGGAGCCAACGACUCAAGAAACGACAAUGACUGGGAUGUCUUCAGUAUCUACUGUUUCAACGACUGAGGAAAGCUUGACAUCGGAAAUGGUGACUGGAACAUCCUCAGCAGUGACAGAAAACACAUCUACAACAACCAGUUCUUAUACUACAGAGACAUCAAGCGAGACAUCUACGCUUUCCACUCUCUUGACAACGCCCACAGGUUCGAACUCCACACCAUCAGCACAAAUUUCAACAGCUAGUGCCAAUUUGACCUCACACCUCUUCACCAAUACACCUACGUUUAAUACAACCGUUAAAACCUCAACAGCUCCUGUGAAUGACACAACAUGGAUCCCAAUGACAUCAUCUACAGAUCAGUGUACAACAUCAACUAGGGCAACGUUUUUAUUAGAUAUACAGUGCAACGUGCCUUUGAAGAGAGAAAAUGUCCAAAAGCUGGAUAUGAUGUUCCAGAACCAAGUAUUUAAGGGUCUUCCUAACGUCGCUGCAGUCUCGGUGGUUGCCAACAGUAACCAGCUAACUAUACAGAUGAGAUAUGUAUCUGGACACAGACAAGACCCUCGUGACAAACUCAGGUCAACCAACAGUUUAAGGGUGUUUCUGCAAUCCAGUGCAACCAUCUUCCGUCCUGACAACACUUCCUGCCUCGUGGAUGUGUCAACACCUCGUGUCUGCGACAUCGACAAACGAACUUGUCAAGACAAAUGUGUUGCCAUCGGGGUGAACGCCACUUGCAGCCCAUGUUCCCUAUACAACGUCACAGGGGACUGUCGUGACGGGGACUGCUUAGAUAACAACACCGAAGCAAUUUGCAGAUGCCCAUCAACCCACAGCGGUGAGUUUUGUCAGUACCUGGCAUCACACAACCCAAGACCCACCACUCCACCAGAAGAUGACCGUCUUGUCGUCAUCCUUGUUCCUGUAGUCGUCAUGGCUGUAGUCGCCCUUCUAGCAACGUGCUGUGGACUGGCAAUGUACAGGAGACGUCGUCGUCAACGACGACGUCGUAUCCCGUUUGACGAUAGCGCUUCCUUCACCAUGCCCACAAGUACCUUCCUGCCUCGGUAUACCCGCAACUGGCGCCAGUUCUCUGACUUCGGCAGCAUGUCCAGCAUGGGAGACGCCGAUAUAGAGGCGCCCUCGUUCCGCGGCUUCGACUGCCAAUCAUCUACCCCACGACGCCGAUGA